AUGGAGCCAACAGAGAAAAUACGUAUAAUAGUUGUUGGAGAUUCGGGUGUUCUUUAUACCCACACUCGUCUCCAGAAACCUUACUUUAUUGAAUUUAUUGAUAUUAGUGGAUCUUCUACACACACGUCGUCUCGUAACAUGUUCUAUCAUCAAGUAAAUGGGAUAAUACUUGUCCACGAUGUUAGCAAUCGAAAAUCCUAUUACAACCUGUGGAGGUGGAUUGCAGAGGUGCUACAUUCUGAGGCAUAUAAGGAUAACGAAAAGUCGUGGGCCGGUAGUGCGAUCGGUAACAAAAAAAACGAAUACGAUUUUGAGUUACAAAUAGGAGAACAAUUUGCCAGUGUACCUAUACUAGUCGUUGGGACAAAAGCUGAUUUAGUCAAACAAGAACUUACAGGCCGACAGAGACGAUAUAGUAUUGUCGAUGAAUACGGCGGAGAAUGCGUUAAUGUUUGUACCCUAGCUCCAUCCCACUUUUUUCAUGCAUCAUUGGCGUCCGACAAAUUCGACGCGUUUUUUGAUAAAGUGAUUGAUAAGAAGUACCAUUUUGUUUCCGAUCAUUCUAUUUCUCCUUCGCUUGCCACGCUUAAUCCUUACAACUCGCCACCAUUGACGUCAAGAGAGGAAGCGCGAAGAAGAGGAUUGAACAUAGGAGCAGGUGGGACGGUAGGAGGUGGCGUGCCAGGGACACCAGUAUUUGGGUCAAUGAGCGGCGGAGGGAAUGGAGGUGGAAUGGGGAGUGUAGUCAGAUUGGAAAAGGAUUUGGGAAGUCCAAAGAAAAAUUCGUGGGGAAAUGCACUAAGCCCUAAACAAAUCAGGAAUGCGGGAUUAUACGCAUCCACACUCACGGAAGACCCUCUCCCUUUACGCCCCAUGUCCUCCCCAUCUCCCUCCCCGGCAACUCUCCGACCACAGUACGCGACUCCUUACAACCAUUACCCACAGUCUCCAUAUGCCCACCCUAAUCAACCACUUCGCUCGGAAAGCAUGUCGCUCAGGACAUCUUCAUCUGCGUCUAGUCUGAGACAGUUAUAUAACAAUAACACGAAUCAACGACGUGGAUCAACCGUUGCUGAAGUCGCUAUACAUCCAUUAGGUAGCAAUGGAGGGAAUAGACCUGGGACGUAUUGGGUUGGUGCGGGGAAUGGAAAUGGGGGAAAUGGUGGCGGCCGGUGA